CCCGGGGCCAAAUCAGCACCUCCACCUGGCCAUCCCAGCAAGGUGAUUUGUGAAAGGGUGAGACUUCAGAGCCUGGUCCCUCUCCUCCCAGUGAUCAGAACACUACCAUCCAGAGGUGGUCAGCUUUUAGAUAUUUUUUCAAAAGUGAAGAUAGUCCAAGUCCCAAGAGACAGCGCCUCUCUCAUUCAGUCUUUGAUUACACAUCAGCAUCACCAGCUCCCUCCCCACCAAUGCGACCAUGGGAGAUGACCUCAAGUAGGCAGCCCCCUUCAGUCCGACCGAGCCAACAUCACUUCUCAGGGGAACGAUGCAACACACCUGCACGCAACAGAAGAAGUCCUCCUGUCAGGCGCCAGAGAGGAAGAAGGGAUCGGCUGUCUCGACACAACUCCAUCAGUCAGGAUGAAAACUACCACCACCUCCCAUACGCCCAGCAGCAAGCAAUAGAGGAACCGCGAGCCUUCCACCCUCCGAAUGUAUCCCCCCGCCUGUUACAUCCUGCCGCGCACCCGCCACAGCAGAACGCGGUCAUGGUCGACAUACACGAUCAGCUCCAUCAGGGCACAGUGCCCGUGUCUUACACAGUAACUACCGUGGCACCGCAUGGAAUCCCACUCUGCACAGGCCAGCACAUCCCUGCUUGCAGCGCACAGCAGGUCCCCGGAUGCUCGGUGGUUUUCAGUGGACAGCACCUCCCUGUCUGUAGUGUGCCUCCUCCAAUGCUUCAGGCCUGUUCAGUUCAGCACUUACCGGUGCCGUAUGCUGCGUUCCCACCCCUUCUCUCCAGUGACCCCUUUCUCUUACACCCUCCUCACCUCUCUCCACACCACCCUCCUCAUUUGCCACCCCCAGGCCAGUUUGUCCCUUUCCAGACACAGCAGUCACGGUCGCCUCUGCAGAGGAUAGAGAAUGAAGUGGAGCUCUUAGGAGAGCACCUCCCGGUGGGAGGUUUUACCUACCCGCCCUCGGCCCAUGCCCCGACAUUACCUCCGUCGGCUCCUCUGCAGUUCUUGGCACACGACCCUUUGCAUCAGGAGGUGUCCUUCGGAGUACCUUACCCUCCAUUUAUGCCUCGGAGACUCGCAGGACGCAGCAGAUACAGGUCCCAGCAGCCGGUGCCGCCUCCCCCUUACCACCCCAGCCUACUGCCAUACGUGCUAUCGAUGCUUCCGGUGCCACCCACAGUGGGCCCAACUGUUAGCUUUGAGUUGGACGUGGAAGAUGGAGAAGUAGAAAAUUACGAGGCCCUGCUAAACCUGGCGGAGCGGCUGGGGGAGGCUAAGCCCCGAGGACUCACGAAAGCGGACAUCGAACAGCUUCCUUCUUACAGGUUUAACCCGAACAACCACCAGUCAGAGCAGACCUUGUGUGUAGUGUGCAUGUGUGAUUUUGAGUCAAGGCAGCUACUUAGAGUCUUACCCUGUAACCACGAGUUCCACGCCAAGUGUGUCGACAAAUGGCUUAAGGCAAAUCGAACUUGCCCAAUUUGCCGGGCCGACGCUUCAGAAGUGCAUCGGGAUUCCGAAUGA